AUGGAAGCCUCGCGAGAGGAGCGGCAGCUUAUGCGGCAGCGUGGAGCUGGGACGCGCAAAGCAAAAGAAGUCAAUUUUGGGUUCUCAUUUGGUAGCCCAGCGCUUGGGUUAUCAGCGCCCGCGCCGAUUGCGACUGUCCCUGAAGCUCAGAAUCCACCGCGAACACAGACCGCGCCGAACACAACACCGUUGAAGGCAUCGCAACCAGGAUCGCAACCUCGGGGGGUUGAGCGCACACCGGGAAGCGCGCGUAACAAGCUCCCAGAAAGGCCCUCGACAUAUGAAGUACCCUCCUCAGACGAUAGAUCUGAACAAACGCGAAGCAACAAGAGGAGAAAGAUUAGUCCUACUAAAGCAACAGAAGGUACUCCUUCUCGUCGGAAUGGCGGGCGACCUCGGAAUGGCGACACACACCCCGUUGAUAAAAGUGCAGGUAGCACAGAGUCUCAAACAAGUCACACCCAGGAACUUCCGAAUACAGAUGUACCUCCUCCAUCAGAAAUAACCAACAAUAAACCCCCACCGCCUCACAUCUCACCCAUUCCGGAGACCUCAGUCGAAGAUCAACACCUAACAGAAGAGGGGACUAAUGGCGUGGAACCAACAACAUCAGCCGCCGACGAGCCAUUGCCCCAAGUCACAUCUCCAGUGUCUAGCCCCACAGUGCCUGCAGUAGCGGAAGAAGCACAGGCGCCGAUUUCAUCGCCUGAAGCUGAGACCGGGGUCGAACAGCCUGAAAACACAGAGCAACUACCCGAGAAACGACAUAACACUCUGUCACCACCAAGGCCCGAGGAACAAAUCCAAAGAACCAAGAAAAAUCAGCGGGAUAUUACAGAAACCGUUCUACCAGUUGUUCAGACAGAUAAAUCUGCCACAGAAGCCGUAUCACCACGUGGUAGCUCCGCCGAGGCUCUUAAAGCUAGCCAUGCACCAACUACCGAUGAUGUCGACAUGACUGAGGAUGCUCCAUCAUCCAAAGAAGAUGCACCAGAGCAAGACAACCAGCCGUCCCAGGGGCCUUCUACGAAGACGAAAAAGCCUCGGGGUCGGCCGCGGCAGCAAUCCACCGAGAACAACACACCGGACCUGCACGUUGCAGCCGCUGUACAAGAUCCUACAACCGAGGCGCAGGAUGAGCCUGCGGCAGCCCAAGUUGAGAAAGCUCCAAAGACCAAACGGCCUCGUGGGAGACCCUCGCUUGACAAGAAGACCAUUGAAGCCACCGAGACUGAGAAUAUUUCACCCGAACCUAUACCAGAUGCUGCGGAGUCCUCUUCGGGGCCACGUCGGGGUCGUAAGCCAACAUCACAAAAGGAUGACCAGCCGGAAACUGUGGUGGAAUCUGCAGUGUCCAAGCCACAACGUGGCAGACCAGGGAAGAAAGCGAAGCAAGCAGUGGAGCCUGAAGCCGAGCCUGAGCCUGUACCAGCAGACCAGGCAGAACCAGAACCAGAAUCUGCAGCACCCAAGUCUCGUGGUAGGCCUGCGAAGAAUGCGAAACGCGCAGCCGAAACUGAUCCCGAACCCGAACCUGCGACAGCAGACCAGCCAGAACUAGAGGCAGAAUUUGCGGUACCUAAGUCUCGUGGCAGACCCGGGAAAAAGACUAAACACGCAGUCGAAACCGAGCCUGAGCCCGAGACAGAAGAUCAACCAGAACCCGAAGUAGUACCCGCGGUAUCCAAGCCCCAACGUGGCAGGCCUGGAAAGAAGGCCAAUCGUGCAAUGGAGCCGGAGGCUGAACCUGCCGCAGAAGACCAGCCGGAGCCCGAAGCGGAUUCUACAGUACCUAAGACUCAACGUGGUAGGCCCGGGAAGAAACUCAAUCGCGCAAUGGAACCUGAGCCCGAGCCCGAGCCUGUCCCAGAAGAUCAGCCGGAGCCCGAAGCGGAAUCUGCAGCACCCAAGUCACAGCGCGGCAGAGCUGGAAAGAAAGCGAAGCGUGCAGUGGAACCCGAUCCUGAACCCGAGACAGAAUACCAACCCGAGCCCGAGGCUACCCAAGAACAGCCUCGUCGCAAGACUCGAGAGCCUCGUGGAGAAACAGUCGCGGUCACCGUUUACCGUCUCGCGAAUGUGAAUUCUCUAGGUGGCGCGGCAUCUACGGCCAACGGGUCUGGAGAUGAAGAAGAGUCCGCCGAUGAACUCACUACGCACCAGAGGGCCAAGAUACCCAACCGCGGCGGUGUCAACCCGGCUGAUGUAUUGAGCCAGAUCUGCCGCGAGACUCUGGAAAAGACCCUCAAUACACUCAAGGAUGGGAUUGCGAACGAGGCGAAUGCUACGCGCCGUGCAGAGUGGUCACGCAAGAGAAAAGCUGUUGAAAUAUUUGGCUCGGAGCUUGAGAGCCGUCUCAUGGAACUUAGCGGGGUACUCGAUAGCAAUUUCGUGCUUGGCGUGCAAUUGAAGAAGACUAAGCGGGAGAUGAUGGAUCUACGGAAUCAUCUAUACCGUGUCCGUCGAGAACGCGAGAACAUAGCUUUGCAGAUGGAUGCAGUGCGCAGCAGACAUAUUGAAGAGGAGAAGGCAAAAUUGUCACGAUCCACGAUCAGCAAUUCCCUCCAUAGCCUUGAACUGGCCCUCGACCGCAACAAGCAACGUUCUGCUUCUGCUGCGGAUUCUUCUCCGGAUCUUGAAUUUAUGCUUCGCACUGUCGCCGACGUAAGUUCCCGAGCCCCUGGAGCACAAGGCGGUCUCUUAAACCAAAUCCGAGCGUUCAACGCACAGCUCGAAGCUACCGUUGGUCGCCUGGAGCGAUGA